AUGUCUGUCCUGGUGUUGGAUGCGAUGUUCCCGCCCACAGCUAUCUAUGUCUUGCCAUUCGAGCCUAACCCGAACUGGUCCAACGGCUAUGCUGGUGGUGGCGAAAUUGGGAAAUACAUUGUUGACACGGUAGACAAGUACGGAUUGAAAGAUCCAAUCGUGUUUGAUACUAAACUCGUGAAAUUUAUUUGGAAUGAGGAACGAAGAAAAUGGGCACUCAAGCCCAAACAGAACGGCACGAGAAUCCGUUGA